ACCCCUCUUCUGAGAACACAUACUGUACACUCACACUUGGGAGUUUCGUUCAGGACCAGCAGCACAGAUGAGAAACAGAAUCGGCUACUUGUGGAACUUUCUAUGGAAUGGACAUACUUCUACAAGUGAUGCCUCUGACAUCCUGAGGAAGUACCUUACACUGUAGAAAUAAACUCAAGCAGCAGACCUCUAGCUCACAUCCUCAGUACCUCUUUGGCAGUCACCUUCCCCUCUCCACACCUCUUCCUCCAUCUUUCCAGCCCCCCCCCCAGCCACCCAGAAGCAGCAGUCAUGGAUCUGUCUCUGUGGCAGUACCAGUUCCGGAUCAUCAUGCUAGGGGACUCGACGGUGGGUAAGUCGUCCCUGGUGAAGCGCUACACGGAAGACAUGUUCCUGGAGUACAUCAAUGAGACGGUGGGCGUGGACUUCUACGUUCACUUCCUGGAGGUGGAGCCUGGUGUCAGAGUCAAGCUGCAGUUCUGGGACACCGCUGGCCAGGAGAGGUUCAGGUCAGUGACCCGCUCCUACUAUCGUAACUCAGUGGGUGGCCUGCUGGUGUUUGACCUGACCAACCGGGCGUCCUUCGAGCAUGUGCUCCAGUGGCACGCUGAGGUGUGCGAGCGGGUCAAGCCCCACGGCGUGGUGUUCGUCCUGGUGGGCCACAAGAACGACUGUGACCACGACCAGGAGAAGCGGGUGGUGGGCCGCCCGGAGGCCGAGAAGCUGGCCGAGAAGCUGGGCGUGCCGUACGUCGAGGCGUCGGCGAAGAGCGGAGAGUGUGUGGCGGAGGCCUUUGAGCUGCUGACGCGCAGAGUGUACCGGGGGAUGCUGAGCGGAGAGGUGCAGCAGAGGGAGGGAUGGGACGGGGUCAAGAGCUCCUCUCCGCAGAAGCUCAGCCGUCAAAGCUAUCAGCCGGACAAAAGCAGCAAGAAGUGCUGUUGAACCUAACUGGCUUCCUCAUUGAGAUGCAAACUUCUGGAUCGAGGUUGGUUAGAGGCAUGAUAUGGACUGGCUUUAUGACUGUGAUAUGAGUGCUUCCCUCUCAGAUAUGACAAAACCAGUGUUCCCCAUGUGCACAUCACAAUGACCUGACGUGAGGCAUUCAACAGGCAAGUCAGAUUACGGGUGCAGAACGUGUUGUCUUCAUUGCAUAAUAGUUGCUGUACAGGUUAAAGAAAACGUGCAGAUGUGGUAAUUUGGUUCAUGUUCAUAUCAAAGCCAAAUUGCCAAAUUAUAUUCUUCCAGUAUUCUGUUAGAUGCAUCUGCACUGGCUAUGAUUUCCAAAGGCCAUUGUAUAUUUUGUAUGUUCUGUAUGGGCUCUCGACUUAUCCCUCCUGCUUCAAUUUGUAACUCACAGAAUUGAGUUAACAAAGGUGAACUGAGUGUUGCAAUGACUGAAUAGAGGACAAAAGCAUCACGACAGCCAAGUGAAUACAAUAAAGACACAGCCAAAGGGAAAUAUGAAUCUUGUUUUAUUUAUUUGAUGGAUUAAAAAGAAAACGGUUUAACUAGAACACUGCCAUCCAAAGUCAAUGGCGUUUCCUCCAUCCCCACAAAUACCCAUUAAGCAUACCCUUAACCCCAUUUCACCAGUCUGGCAAUACAAGCCAGACUAUACACUUCCACUAUUCAUUUCGAAUAAUAUCAAGUCGUUUUUAGUGACGUAUGAAAAGACAAGUUCAACUCAACGGUGAAGGUGUCAGCUGACGAAAAACACGCUGAUAUCAGGUUACCGUGGAAACAUACCAAAGCCAGUGCACCUUUCUGACGUUACAUCAAGUGGGAACAGCUCGCGUACGUAGCAGGAAAGAUCCUGACUACGUUCAUCAAACACAACAGCGAACGCAUGCCAUACAGAAUAAGAUGAGACAAUGAAAACUGACAACAGUUGCAUUUGGUGGUAGCCUAGCGACCUAGAUUUCAAAAAGGUUGAUUAAAAUCAAUACUCUAGGUUGAUUUAUUAUUUACAGAGGUGUGACUAUCCACAACCUUUCUUACAGUUUUUCAAAAUGACUGUUCUAAAGCAUCUACCAAGUGGACGAAGACAUAUCAACAAAGACAUGUGAGUAGACAACACAGUCAAUAACAUGGACAACACUCUACUAAAAGUAUAUCAAAAAGGCAUGAUGGAUGCACUAACAGACCCCCAAUCCCAACAACAGGCUUCUGCGACUGCGUGAAUGGUACACACAUGAUGGAGGAGGAGAGCUUCUUUGUGUGGCCAGCAUGUUGUGAACAGCACUUCAAAAAGGAUCAACAAGUUCUUUAUGCUUUUCUGUGGGGAUGGUUGGUGGUAAAGAAAACAUCUAUGGGUAGGGGGGUAUGAGAAGACAAUAACAAUACGAGGUGAAACGACAGAGGCAUUUCCCCACAGCACCAGACGUUUACAGUUCACCUCUCUCCAAUCCACACAUUCUUCAUAAUAUAAUCACCCCCCUACUAAAAAACAAAACAAA